AUGUCAGGAGAUAGAAGAGGCAGAGGACGACCUGCUGGAGGCAAAGGUCAGGGAGGUGCUGGUCGUGGUGGUGUUGACCAUGAUAAUGUUCUAUUGGAGGAUGCACCUUAUGCGCCGAAUCCUAUGAUUGGAUUUAUCAGAGAUAUACGCAAAUUGGGAGCUAUUGAAUUUGUCGGACCUACCGAUCCACUUGAUGCCGAGAAGUGGAUUGAAGAUCUGGAAAAAUAUUUUGAGAUGAUGGACUGUACUGAGGUGCAGAAAAGGAAGAUUGGUGCUUUUCUUUUAUCUGGUGAGGCACGCCAGUGGUGGCAGUCAGAGACCAAGAUGGUUGUGGACAUUACAGCUAUGACCUGGGAUGAUUUUAAAACUCGGUUCAACGACAAAUACUUCCCACUAUCAGUAAGGGAGAAGAAGGCAACUGAGUUUAUGCAGUUGGAACAGAAUAAUGAGAUGUCAGUCAGUGAGUACAAGAGGAAGUUUACAGAGCUAUCUCGAUUUGCUCCUCACAUUGUUGCAAAUGAGUUGCACAAGGUUAGAAAGUUUGAGCGAGGGUUGAUCUCUCAUGUGAAGAAGUUUGUGGUGGGUCAUCGUUGUGAUACAUAUGCUAAAAUGGUGGAAUGUGCCAUGGCGGUAGAGGAGAAUAAUAUCAUUGCCUUUCAGAAACAGAAGGAGCGUAAGGCAGAACAGAAAAGUAACAGGGCUAGCAGCUCUCAACAGAAUCAGAGGGGUCAGCAGCAGCAGACUCAGAGAAACUGGCAGGGUCACUCUUUGCAGAGAGGGAGACAAGAUUGGUGA